AUGGCGCCUCCCACGACCUACGACCCGGCCACGCUGGCCAUCCACGGCGAUGACUGGCUCAACAAGGGCGCCGACGUGGCGCCCGCCAUGCACGUGUCGACGACGUUCCGCUACAGCCGCGACCCGGACGAGCUGGAGGCCAGCACCGAGGCCACCGGGCCGCCCGCGUCGACCGACUUCCCGCCCAUCUACAGCCGGCUGUCGGCGCCGAACACGACGCGGCUGGAGGCGCUGCUGUCGGAGCUGCUGGGCGGGCGCGCGCUGACAUACUCGUCGGGCCUGUCGGCCUUCCACGCGCUGAUGGUCUACUUCCGGCCGAACGUCGUGGCCAUCGGGCACGACAAGCUGGGCGGCUACCACGGCUGCCACGGCGUGCUGGCGCUGCACACCAAGAUGCACGGCCUGAAGCUGGCCGAUCUGCACGACGAGCGCACGUGGGACGAGCUGGGCCUGGGCAAAGGCGACGUUGUGCACGUCGAGACGCCGCUGAACCCGACGGGCGAGGCCUACGACAUCGCGGCGCUGGCGGCGAAGGCCCACGCCCGCGGCGCCUUCCUGACCGUCGACUCGACCUUCGCGCCGCCGGGCCUGCAGGACCCGUUUGCGCUGGGCGCCGACGUCGUCAUGCACAGCGGCACAAAGUACAUCGGCGGCCACAGCGACAUGCUGUGCGGCGUACUCGCCGUGCCGAAGUCGCGUGAAGACUGGUUUUGGGGCCUGUGGAACGAGCGCGUCUUCCUCGGCAGCGUCAUGGGCAGCCUCGAGGGCUGGCUCGGCGUGCGGAGUCUGCGCACCCUGCAGCUGCGCGUGCAGGCCCAGAGCAGGAACGCCGAGCGCCUCGUCAAGUGGCUGCACGAGAACGUUUCCACCGCAGGGAGCCCCGUCGCCGCCACGGUGGAGAAGGUCGUUCACGCGAGCCUGCAGACGCAGGACCUGGAGCAGGGCUGGCUGAAGAAGCAGAUGCCCAACGGCUUCGGCCCCGUCUUCGCCCUGUGGAUGAAGAAUAAGGAAUAUGCGAAGAGGCUGCCCAGCAAGCUCCACCUCUUCCACCACGCCACCAGCUUGGGCGGCGUCGAGAGCUUGAUCGAGUGGCGCCGCAUGAGCGACAAGAGCGUCGAGCCCACCCUGCUCCGCUUCUCCAUCGGCGCCGAGAACUGGGAGGAUUUGAGGGAUGACCUCGCCGCCGGCUUCAAGGCGCUAGCCGAGGAGAAGGUGUGA